GCAGUUAGCAUUGAAAGUGGGAUAGAUUGAGCUACAAACAAAAACGCCAUUAUUAGGAAUUACAGUAAAAGAUGUCCUCGCCGGCCGAUCGUCGUUAUCCGUUUGACUCGCCUGAAAAUAAAGACGGAGCACCACUUUAUAAUAGCACCGAUGGGUUUCUUCCACUUGGGUUCAGUACGCCUCAACAUCGAAGCAUAGUGCAAAACAACACUUACAGCCGUAACUACUAUUCGGCUCAGCCAAAGUAUAUGCUACCUCGACCAAGAGGACAUCAGAAUCGAGGUCGCCAUCAUAAACAGAGUGGUGGAGAUGCUCCUCCAGGGAAUUCCUCCCCUGGUAGUGAGGAAGGCCCAAGCAUCGGCCCACAGGAACGAAAACAUCAUUGGCAAGGAAAUUUUAGCAACUAUAAUAAGCAAUAUAACCAACGACGGCCGCGCUUUGGAUUUGGGCACCAUCACCAAAGCAAAGAGAACAGAUAUGACAUAAAGGACUACUUUCAUCCUUCAAUGCUUGAAAAUCCGUGGGAACAUCUAGAAAACAAGAAUCAGCAAGAUAAGAUUGGAAAAGGUAAUAAUUUCAGUGAUGUCGAAGAAGGUGGCGGAGACGAUGGCAGUAGUGGAACUGGUGAAGACUAAUAGCUGAAUUUACAUUCAUUUCGAUUGGUGGUUGUAUAUGCAUGUUCGAGUGAGUGAAUGAUUAUAACAGAUUUUUUUAUUAUUAAGCUUAGCUUUAAAUUUCGGAUAUUUUUCAUUCAAUUUGGAAAUAUAUCUAUUUAAA